AUGGCUGAGAGACGUAUUCCUUUCACCUUGCUCCGCACUCCGAGCUGGGACCCAUUUCGUGACUGGCACCAGAGCAGCCGUAUCUUUGACCAGACCUUCGGCAUGCCCGCCCUGCCCGAGGACAUCGCCGCAUUCCCCAGCACCCACUGGCCAGGGUACCUGAGGCCAUCCAUCCUGGCCCCAGAACUAAUGACACCGCAUGCCCCUUUGAUGUAUCCAACCCACAUGAUGGCUCAGCAGGCUCAGGCUCGGGCCCUGUCCCGCCAGCUGAGCAGCGGAAUUUCCGAGAUCAAGCAGACCCAAGACAGCUGGAAAGUAUCGCUGGAUGUGAACCACUUCUCACCUGAGGAGCUGGUGGUGAAGACGAAAGAUGGCGUGGUGGAAAUCUCGGGUAAGCACGAGGAGAGGAAAGAUGAGCAUGGUUUUGUGUCCAGAAGUUUCACCAGGAAGUACACCCUCCCCCCUUCAGCUGAUGUUGAGAAGGUGAACUCUGCCCUUUCUCCUGAAGGCGUGCUGACCGUGGAGGCUCCUUUGAUCAAACCAGCCAUCGAGCACUCAGAAACCACAAUACCUGUCAAUGUCGAAAGCAAAGGCGGUGUGGUGAAGAAGUAG